GUGACGGGUGAUAGCGCGCCUCGGGGGUCGUCGUGUGCGGCCUUAGCAACCGCGGCCGCCCUCCCGCCCGAUCCGAGCACCGGCAGAGACACCGAGCAACCCCGCCGAGCCCCCGCUCAGCCCAGCCAUGCUGGAGGGACUGGCAGCCUGGGUGCUAAACACUUAUAUUGGCAAAUAUGUAAAUAACCUCAACACAGACCAGCUCUCCAUUGCCCUGAUGAAAGGUGCUGUUGAAUUGGAAAACCUCCCUCUGAAGAAAGAUGCCCUCAAAGAGUUAGAUUUACCUUUUGAGGUGAAAGCAGGUUUUAUUGGGAAGAUAACGUUGCAGAUCCCAUUCUACCGGCCUCAUGUGGAACCAUGGGUAAUAUCCAUCUCGAGACUCCAUCUGAUUGGUGCACCAAUUAAGCAGUCUGAUUUCGAUGAAGAGACUGAACGUUCAUUAGACAGGAAGAGAAAGUGUGCAUUGCUGAAUGCUCUGGAGACAAAAUGGAAGAGAGACCAACAGCAGAAAGGGGAAUCUUACUGGUACUCAGCUACUGCUUCCAUAGUAACCAGAAUUGUGGAAAAUGUGGAGCUGAAUGUUCGAGAUGUCCAUUUGCGUUUUGAGGAUGAUAUCACUAAUCCUGAACAUCCAUUUGCUUUUGGGGUCUGUAUCAAGAGUGUGUCUGUGCAGAAUGCAGAAGAUGAGUUGGUAGAGAAGUCCAUAAGAAAGAAGAGACUAAAGAUUGAAGAUUUUAGUAUUUAUUGGGAUAUGGACAGUGAGUUACUGGGGGAUGUUUCUCCUUCUGAACUCCAGGAUGCAAUGGAUCACUGCUUGGAAAACGGAGAUCACAAGUAUAUACUUGAACCCGUCUGCGCUUCUGCGCUUUUAAAGAGGAACGGAGCCAAAGAACCAUUACGCUCCCGGAAUACACCACGCAUUGAGUGUGAUGUCAAGCUGAAGACAAUUCCGUUAAAACUUUCACAGGUGCAGUACCAGCAAUUGAUGACAUUCUUGAAAGAAAUGGAAAGGAAAGAACGGCAGCUUCAACUAAGAAAAUGGAGACCUAAAGUUCCCAUUAAAUCAAAUUCCCGUGAGUGGUGGAAUUUUGCUCUGAAUGCCAAUCUUGCUGAGAUUCGUGAGCAGAGGAAGCGAUUAAACUGGACCUUUGUAUUACAACGAGCAAGAGAUGCAGUGUUCUAUACAGAGAAGUAUCAUGAAAAGCUGAAAGGAAAUCUGAAUUCACUAGAAGAAGAGGAGGAGCUAGAGCGGAUUGAGGAUGAACAGAGCUUUGAAGAGCUGAAAAUCCUGCGAGAACUUGUAUUUGAGCAGUUCAAGAAGCAAGAUAUACUGGCUGAGAAACUGCGCGAGCCUCUAUCAGAACCUCUGGGUUCUUCCUCACAGUCCAAGUCAGUGCAUGGAAACUGUGGUGGCAUGAUCCAGUAUCUGCAGUCUUGGUUCCCUGGAUGGGGUGGCUGGUAUGGCUACUCUCAAAAUGCUCAGCAAAUGGAACAGGGUGUAACCGUAGAAGAUCUCACAGCUGAAGAGCAGCAGCAGUGGAAUCCAGAAGAGUCCCUAGAUGGCGAUGAACUCUUCAACACAAUGACUGAUACAUCAGGCAUGAACACAUUCACAAAGAGGGACCAUGUUUUUAUUAAACUGAACUUUCUGCUACAAAGCGGAACCAUCAGCUUGCUCAGACAUGACAAGGAGACUAAUCUUGGUGCCACAGAGACGGCUUUUGUGGAACUAGAGUUUUCAGGAGUGAAAAUUGGUGUGGAGUCGUCGCCUCGUACAGAAUCUUCCUUGUUCUCUGUUCAACUGGGAGCCUUGUUCCUGCGAGACUUGGCAACACAAGGUUCCUUAUUCCCUGUUCUAGCUUCACCCAAACCAGAAAAAGAUGCUGCAAGCUUAUCACAGACAUUAGGCAUGCGCUCCACUUUGUCUGAGGCAACCAAUGUGCAUGCAGCAUUUUGUUCUCCAUGUAAGUUGCCACCAGUAUUUGAAAUGAUCUAUGAGAAAAAUCCAGUUUGGAGUAACUAUGAGAGAAGAUUGGAAGUCAGCACUCGACCCCUCAACAUCAUCUAUAACCCCCUAGUUAUCAAGAAAGUUGCAGAUUUUUUCUACAAGGGCAAAGUGCAUACCUCAGGCUUUGGUUACCAGUCAGAACUAGAGCUACGCGUGGCAGAAGCUGCCAGAAGGCAAUACAAUAAGCUCAAGAUGCAAACAAAGGCUGAGAUCAGACAAACCAUUGAUCAGCUACUGGUGGGAGAAUUCAUCGAAAAUGACAAACGCUGGAUGAUGAAGUUGGAUAUUUCUGCCCCUCAAGUGAUUUUUCCAGAUGAUUUCAAAUCUCCAGAUUCUUUGCUGGUAGUUGUGGAUCUGGGUCGAAUUCUGCUAACAAAUUUUCGAGAUGAGCCCAAGAGCAGAGCCAGCAUUAGACUAUCUGUCCAAGAAGAGGAACUCAGUGAUGAUGAAUACAAGACACCACUAGCCACACCACCCAACACACCGCCUCCAGAGCCCAGCUCUGACCCUGGGACAAAGUCCUCAGAAUUCGUUGGUUUAGCAUUUACUGAGGAGCAGCUGCAGCAACAUUUUAUAAACAAUAAGCUUUAUGAGAAAUACUCACUGUCCUUCAUGGACAUGCAGAUUAUGGUCGGGCGAGUCAUGGAUAACUGGAAGCAUGCUCAGGACAGUGAAGUUGGGCCAACGCAUGUUGUUGAGAAAUUUAAUGUGCUGUUACAAUUAGAACGGCGGUUAAUGUACACCUCUGACCCAAAUCGUCCUGGUGCCAUGCUUUGUGGCACCCUGCCUGAGCUUAAAAUACAUGUAAAUGAGGAUAAAAUCAUGGCAUUGCGCAAUUUUUUGUCAAGGAUAACUGCUUCUGAGAUGCAGCAAAAAUCAGGUGAGCAGCAGUCACUACGACGAGAAAAAAUCUUCAACAAAGUGGAUAGCCGGGGCAAGCUACUGGAUUCAAAGAUGAGUCUAACACAGAGUGUAAUGUCACUCGAGCAACAUACCCGUGAGGUUCUGGUUGAGUCGAAGCUGCUUCUAGCAGAGUUCAAAAUUAAUUACAUGCAGUUAGGGGUGGAGAGUUGUGGGCGAUACAUAUCUGUGCUAAAGGUUUUUGGCAUUAAUUCCAAUUUUGUGAAGAGGCCUUAUGAUAAUGAGGUGACACUGACUGUACAUGGUUUGCUAUUGGUGGACACUGUCCAGACAUAUGGGUCUGACUUUGACUUGCUGAUGGCAUCUCACAAAAACUUGAGUUUUGACAUUCCCACGGGCAGCCUUCGUGAUAGUGGAGCACAAUCUCCUGUCUCUCCUCACCCCACUGUUACUUCACUGGUCAAUAGCAGUACCUCACUCGUUAAAAAUAAAAUCACAUUGAGCAACUCAUUAGCACUGGAUGAGCAAGUACCUCCAUCUUCUACUGUUCAGGACCAGGAUGUCUUGAUUAAACUGGAAUAUCAAUUUGUGAGCUCCGAUUGCCCUUCUAUGAACUUGGAUAGCUCUUUACAAGUCAUCUCAUUGCAGGUCAACAAUCUGGACAUUAUCCUUAAUCCAGAAACUAUGGUUGAACUCAUUGGCUUUUUACAGAAGUCCUUUCCAAAGGCCAAAGAAGAUACAAGUCCAGAGUCUCCAUUUGUUGAUCCAGCAAUGAGUUUUGAGGACAGAGAAUCUAUUCAGUCCACGUAUGAUCAAAAUACACAAGUGGCAGUGGAAAUCCAUCGGCUAAAUGUGCUACUUCUCCGGACUGUCGGGCUAACGAGUGGAGAGAGACUGGGAAGAAAAAUUGCUACAGCCAGUAUCAAUGGCACAAAGGUAAACGUUUCCAUGGGCAGUCGGUUUGAAAUGAAUGGAUCUCUCGGCUGCCUUCAGCUAGUGGACUUGACCCAAGAUGAAGUAAAGAACCAUUUUGUAGUAAGCAUUGGAAAUACAGAGGCAUAUGAAACAGUAAGCGAUUUUGGUUUCUUUCACUCUGUCUUCAUGAGGUCUGAAACUGAGAUGAAUCAUAGUGAAGCUCUGAGCUUUAAGUUUAUUGAGCAAUCAAAGGAAGAGUUUAUGUUGAGUCUGCACAUGGCAUCAUUACAUUAUAACCAUUCACCUAAAUUCCUUAAGGAACUUACCUUAUCCAUGGAUGAACUUGAAGAUAACUUCCAAAAUAUGCUGAAGAGUGCAGCUUCCAAAGUCUCCACUGUCCUCGUAAACAAAACAGCUGAGUACAGCGAGAUGGUUUUACUUUUUGAAAAGCCACGUAAGUCAAGGGAUGUGUUUGAGCUUGAUGACGAUGUGGAUGCUGGGAUGGAAGCUCCCGAGCAGAACCCAGUAAAGUUAAUCUUGAACAUCAACAUUGAGUCACCUGUGGUCGCAAUCCCACGGAAACCUGGAAGCUGUGAACUUUUGGUUGGACACUUGGGCCGGACUUCAAUCCAGAACUUUGUAACAGGUGAAGAUGAUUCUGGGAGAGACCGGCUGCAAGUGGAAAUUAAAGAUAUUAAAAUGUACUCCCUCAAUAACAGCAUGCGUGGUUCAAAGACGGAUGUUAGUGAAUCUCCUCGGUCAGCUUCUGGUGCUGCCAGCACCUCCAGUCAGGAAGAAAUGCAUUUCACACGACAAGAUUUCUUUGAUUCCAUCCACAAGGGUCAAGCCUUUCAUAUCCUGAAUGACACCACAAUCCAGUUUGUUCUAGAGAAAAUCCCAGUUGACACAGAUCCAGGGUUGUCAUUUCCAGCUGUAAACUCUUCAGAUUCCUUUGAAACCACCAGUAAAAUGAAGAUCGAGGGCAAAUUUGUCAAUCCUCUGAAGGUAAUGUUGGCAAAGCAUGUUUAUGAGCAGGUCCUACAGACAAUGGAUAACCUGACAUACAGUGAGGAUCUCGGCAAAAUUUCACAUAGUUCAACUGAUGGUGUGUCAGACCUCCACAAUGUACCUUCACCGUUGAGAAGCAUGAAAAUCUCUGAUCUACAACGAGAAUGGAAAGAGAGUGGACUUUUUGGUCGUGUGAGCUAUCCAUCCACUCCAGUUGAUUCCUUUCCAAUUCCAGAGUCAAAAUCAUUCACUCAAAUUCAAGCUAAUUUCUGCAUCUCUGAGUUACAGGUUCAGUUGUGUGGCGAUCUCGCUCUGGAAGCACAAGGUUUGGUUAGUUUAAAGUUUAAAGACUUUGAAGUCGAGUUCAGUAAAGACCAGCCUCAUACUCUGUCUAUUCAGGUAGCUUUGCGGUCACUGCUGAUGGAAGAUUUGCUGGAAAAAAAGACAGACUCUAAGUACAAGCAUUUAAUGGUGUCCAGAGGAGCACCAAAACCUUCCAGUUUUACCCAAAAGGAAUAUUUGUCCCAGUCUUGCCCUUCUAUCUCCAAUGUGGAGUAUCCUGAGAUGCCACGAUCCCUACCAGCCCACAUGGAAGAGGCACAAAAUGUCUUCCAGUUUUACCAGAGGCCAUCUUCUACACGAAGAAAACAUAAAGAAGAUAAGGAUGCAGAAUGCCUUCCGACCCCUCCACCAUCCCCAAGAUUGAAAAACUCUAAGUUGUGCUGCACCAGAACAAACUUUGAUGAUUCAUUAGUGCAUAUUAAUAUUUUUCUCGUGGAUAAGAAGCAUCCUGAAUUUUCCACACGUUACAGUAAGGUCAACAGGAAUGUGGAUGUAGAUUUCAACUGCCUGGAUGUGCUGAUUACACUUCAGACCUGGGUAAUAAUCUUGGAUUUUUUUGGGAUUGGAUCAACAGCCAACAAUCAUGGCUUGAAACCUCCUGUGGAGGAGAUUCAACCUCAGACAAGAUUUGAUGAAGCAGCUACUCCAUCUGAUGCUGGCCAGGAGCCAGUAAACACAAAGUUAGAUCUAAAGGUUCACUCACUGUCUCUGGUGUUAAAUAAGAAGACAAAUGAACUUGCCAAAGCUAAUGUGUCCAAACUGGCAGCACAUCUUUCAUUGAUAGAUAGAGACUUUGCUCUGCAAGGCAGUCUUGGCAGCCUUUCCUUAAGUGAUUUGACAUCUCAUGGAGAGCUGUAUAGGGAGCGUUUCACCACCAGUGGCAAAGAGGCACUAGUGUUCAACAUUUACAAAUACGGCAGAGCAGACCCAAAGUUGCACCGAGAUUGUGACAUGAGAGUGAGUUUUCAAAUGGCAUCAGUACAAUAUGUGCACACCCAGCGCUUCCAGGCCGAGGUGGUGGCAUUUAUACAGCACUUCACGCAGCUGCAGGACGUACUAGGGAGACAGAGGGCAGCUGUAGAGGGACAAGCGGUGCGAGAUAGGGCACAGAGAGCCUCUCGGAUCCUGCUUGACAUUGAGGCCGGUGCUCCAGUUGUCCUGAUUCCAGAAAGCUCCAAGUCAAACCAACUGAUUGUGGCAAACCUUGGUAAACUGAAAGUGAAGAACCAAUUCUUGUUUGCUAGGUCACCGGGGACAUUCUCGCUGAGAGACAAGGAUCCUGAGAAUUCCUACCAAUCUGAAGAAAUAUAUAAUCAGAAGAUAACAAUGACCACUGCAGCAAAUCCUCCAACCAUUCCUUGUAGACCAGACAAGCUUAGCUCUGGUGCCAGCUGCUCUAAUAAAGUUCAUCUUAACAAGCCACAUAGUGAAUCUGAACCAGGUGCAAAACGGAAAACACAGGAAGGACAGCAUGAACAACCACAGAUUGUGGAGCUAAAGGAGUCCGAGGAGGAACAUAUCUGCCUGCUGGACUGCAUUGUGGUUGACCUACAAGACAUGGACAUCUUCACUGCAGAGAGACACCCCAGGGACCGUGCUGGAAGGCCUGAGAACUGUGGAUCAGACCUGCUUUUUCCAUCUUAUCUUGUCAGACAUCUUGAUGGAAAUCUGCUGAAAGAACCAUGCUGUCUGAAGCUGCAAGUUGAAAGGAACCUGGAUAAGGAGAUCAGCCACACAGUCCCUGAUAUGGCUAUCCAUGGUAGUCUGUCAUCAGUCCAUUGCUCUCUGGAUCUUAGUAAAUACAAGUUAAUCCGUGGAUUAAUACAGAACAAUUUAGGGGAGCCUAUUGAAGAGUUCAUGAGGCCGUUUGAUUUACAGGACCCCAGCAUACAUACAGUUCUCAGUGGAGAAGUUUACACGAACAUGUCGUUUCUCAUCGAUAUGAUGAAUGUUAGCUUGGAGCUCCUAGAGUCAAAGGGCAAGAACAAAAGCAGUAGUUCACUAGCAAGGUUCGAUUUCAAAAAGUCAAAGCUACUUUACGAGAGUUUUUCAAAUGCAACGAAGUCUGUAAAUCUGGUCUCUCACUCAAUGAUGGCUUAUGACACACGAAGCACUGGACAAGCAAUGAAACCUGACAUCAAAACAAAUGUAUUUCGAUGCAUUUUGGAUGCAUCAAAGAGUGGUAGCAACCAAGCUUCCUUACAAAUGGAGCUACAUUACAGGUCAACCAGAGAUGCUUCAAGUUUCACUGUGGUUCUGAAUAACCUCCGUGUUUUUGUCAUAUUUGAUUGGUUGAUGCUUGUGCGGGAUUUCCUGCAAACUUCUGACAGCCCAAGAAAGCCAGAAAAUGCCUCACCAGCUCGUGACCGAAAAGUUGGGAGCGAAAUCUUGGUUCCCAAAACUGUGAAGUAUGGAGUCAUUACAAAACGUUCUUCUGUGCCAAUGCCAAAUGAGAAGUACUUGGAAGUGAAAAUCAAUGUAACUGGUACUGAGUUUGUUGUGGUUGAGGACAUGUCAUGCCAUGAUACAAAUGCAGUCAUUCUGAAGGCAACGACUGUGCUCACCUAUAAGCCACGACUUGUCGAUCGACCGUUCUCCGGCAGUCUUGGAGGAAUUGAGGUAUUUUCGUGCCGACUUGGAAAUGAGCAAGAGACUGCUCUGUCCAUUAUUGAUCCUGUAAAUGUGCAAAUAGAAUUAAUUGGAAACCCUACCUACCAAAGGAGCUCAGGUCUGCUGGAUGCCUUUGGAAGCGAGGAUUUCCCACCAGUACUUGAGAUUCAAUUCUCUAGUCUUGAUAUCAGACUUUCAUACAAUGAUGUGCAGCUGUUCCUGGCAAUAGUCAAGUCUAUACCUAAGCAAACCACUGCAGUGCCUAUUGUGCCUAAUCCUCAGUCAAUGAAUGGCAGUACCAACUCAUUUCAUUUGACUGGCAUCUCAGCAGCAGGAUCUGGGAAAAAAGAAACUAGUAGACACCAAAUGGAUCCUGUCCUUGAGUUGCAGCUGGAUCGACUCCAAGACCUUGGGUUUAACCUGGAAGAUUGUCGUAAAGCAUUGCUGCAAUCCAAAGGUCAACUGAAUCAGGCUGCCAUGUGGUUGUUUAAGAAUGCUGAGCCAGUGUCAGCAAGUGCAGCAACAAUCAGCAGCAAUGGUCGUGGAGCAGGUGCAGCAUUACUGAUCUCUGGGGUCGAGGUGAAAGCUGAGAGCAUCUGUAUCUGCUUGAUCGAUGACUGCAUGGAUUGUGAUGUUCCUCUUGCUGAACUUACCUUUUCAAGACUAUACUUCCUGCAGAGAGUGGGGUCAAACCCAGAGGGCUCAGCUAAUUUUACUCUUUCUGGAGAUUAUUACAACCGUGAGUUGUCAGGCUGGGAACCUUUUGCUGAGCCUUGGACAACUUUCCUGAGUUGGCAGCAACAAGCAGCUAGCCGUCUUCACCCACCUCGCCUUAAGUUGGAUCUCCAGGCAAAACAACGGCUUGACAUCAACAUCACAUCUGUCCUGAUGGAACAAUACAAAAGGACAAAAGCUUCUUGGAUUGCUGACUACUGUAAAGAAGAAAGUGACAGUUCAGAAACAUCUCAGUGGAGGACUGGAAUGUAUGUCGAUCCACUGCUUGGACACAGCAGCCCUCUUGCCUAUCUUAGAACUAGAAGCACUGCCAGUCUGACAAACCUAGAGCGGCAGAUUUUUGCCAGAGCCUCCUUUGAUCAAAUGAAUUCUACAGGACUGAAGACUGAGUUGAAUCUUGAGUUCUGCUGGGAAAUAAUGUUAAAAAAAAACAUUGCAGAAGAGAAGAUACCAAAGCGGCGGCAACCAUUUGUGCCGUAUGCUCUGAGGAACCACACAGGAUGCACCAUGUGGUUUGCCACACUCACAACCACUCCAACAAGAGUGGCCUUGUCUCACAGUGAAAGCCCAGGGUAUAUACAUGAAGAAUCUGUGGCUGACCUUGAUGACCAGCACAAUGUCAGCCAAUGGCGUGAGGUGCUUCCAGGAGAAGAAGUUCCUUUCGAGUUUGAAGCCAGGGAAAAACUGCGACACAGACACACACACGAAUUGAAGAUUCAUCAGCUUUUGGUGCGGGUGAAUGGGUGGGAACAAGUCAGCCCAGUGUCUGUGGAUAAAGUCGGCAUCUUCUUCCGGUGUGCAGCGCCUGACCGAAACAACCAGUCCUCCAUGGUUGGAAGUCCCAUUAGCAAGACCAAUAUAAUACAUCCACAUGUAUAUUUCUCAGCACUUCCUCCUGUACGGGUUGUAUUCUCUGUGACUCUUGAGGGGAGUGCAAGAAAAGUGAUAACAGUCCGCUCAGCACUGAUAGUGAAAAAUAAAUUGGAGGUACCCAUGGAACUAAGGCUGGAUAGUCCAUCUGCUCCAGACAAACCGGUGGUGCUACCAGCUGUGCUACCAGGUGACUCAUUAGCAAUCCCUUUACACCUAACAUCAUGGCGUCUGCAAGCAAGACCAAAUGGAUUUGGGUUGUUUUUCUGUAAAGCACCCAUCCAUUGGACGAGUGUGGCAAAAGUAGGAGAAGUGAACAGCAGCAAGCGAGAGUGUCAUUCAUCAGACUGCGAUGAUGAUAGCUCCUUCAGGUAUUGUGUGGCAGUUAAGAAAGAGAACUACCCUGACUACCUGCCCUUAAAUUUGAUGUCUGGCAAUGCUAUGCAGGUUUAUCGACAACCAGGUCAUACUAUCUACUUGCUGCCUACUCUUGUCCUGACAAACCUGCUUCCCUGUGAGCUUUCCUACUAUGUCAAAGGCACACCCAUCAGUGGGUCAUUAAAACGAGGGAAAGAUGCUGUACUACACACAGCUGACACAUCUCAGAACAUUGAGCUCGGAAUUACACUUGAAAACUUCCCCAUGUGCAAGGAACUACUAAUACCAGCAGGAACCACGAACUAUCAUGUUCAAAUGCGUCUCUAUGACACCAAAAAACGUCUGUUGGACCUGAGCAUUCGGAUUGUGUGUAGAGCUGAGGGUUCUCUGAAGAUACUUAUUUCUGCACCUUACUGGCUCCUCAAUAAGACUGGACUGCCACUCAUUUUUCGACAGGAUAAUGCAAAGGCUGAUGCAGCAGGACAAUUUGAGGAGCACGAGCUCGCACGAAGCCUCAGCCCCCUUCUGUUCAGCUUUGCAGACAAAGAACAACCUAAUAUGUGUACCAUGAGGAUUGGGAAGGGAAUCCAUCCAGAUGCAGUACCUGGAUGGUGUCAGGAAUUUUCUCCAGAUGGAGGCAGUGGUGUCCGAGCCGUGAAAGUGAUUCAACACGGGAAUAGACCAGGACUUAUCUAUAGUAUUGGAAUUGAUAUCCGCAAGGGUAGAGGCCGCUACAGAGAUACCAACAUUGUGACAUUUGCACCCAGAUACCUGCUGGACAACAAAUCCUCUCACAAACUAGCUUUUGCCCAGCGGGAGUUUGCCAGGGGCCUGGGCACGCGAAAUCCAGAUGGUUACAUUUCAACUCUACCUGGUGCCAGUGUAGUUUUCCAUUGGCCAAGGAAUGAUUAUGAUCAGUUGUUAUGUGUGCGCCUAAUGGAUAUUUCCAACUGCACUUGGUCAGGGGGUUUUGAGGUGAACAAGAACAGUUCCUUCCACAUUAACAUGAGGGAUACCCAAGGUAAUUGUCACCUCCUGCGGGUAGAAAUCACCCUUAAAGGAGCAACAUAUCAUAUUGUAUUCAGUAACUCUGAACAGCUGCCACCACCCUUCCGCAUUGAUAACUUUUCAGAGGUGGCAAUUAUUUUCAAUCAACAUGGUGUGGCAGAGCCAAGACUAAAGACAGAGGUAAAACCAUCCACGUCACUGGAUUAUGCCUGGGACGAGCCUGUUCUUCAGCCUUUCAUUACACUCUCCGUGAAAGGGGCAGGUUCAUCGGAAAUUACCUGUGAUAUGAAUGAUUUCAAAGAGUCCAACAGCUUUUAUUAUGAAAAUUUCAUCUACAUUGCUGCUGCCCAUACCUUCUCUGGGUUUGUGGAAUCUUCUGGCAGGCCUGUGGCUCAAGGUUCAGAGAAGAAAAACAUUAGAUUUGCAGAGUUAGUUCUGGAUGUUGCACCCAAAACUGGAAGAGUGAUCCUGAAGAAAAAGGAACCAGGUAAAAGAUCACAGCUUUGGCGCAUGACUGGAAGUGGGAUGUUAUGCCAUGAGGGUUCUUCUCCUCCUCAUAACCCCAACAAACCCUCUUCCAAUAAACAACCAAAUUCUGGACUGGUCCUCGACAUUGCAGGCGUGACCGCUGUCACUGACUGCAGGUAUGAACCACUUAUGCUAAGAAAGCCAGACCGACGUCGCAGCUCCACCCAGAGUUGGUAUUUCCAAGAUGGGUGUCUGAGCUGUGGCCAACCAAGAAUGGUAGUACAGGUAACUAGAGGCAUUUCAGGCUUGUACAAUGGAGCAGAAGUAGUACUUGGUCCAGAACCAACCCUUGGCCUGGAACCAGUUCCGGUUGAGCAACAGUUCAUAAACCAGAAAAUGAGACCUGGUUCAGGAGUUCUUUCUUUACGAGUUAUUCCUGAUGGUCCUACACGAGUGUUGCAGAUUACUGAUCUACAGCAUCGCAGAACCAAUCGUUCCCUCUCAGGAACUGAGGAGUGUCCAGUAGCUGAAAUCAGUGAAAUUCGGAAGUUAAAGAAUUUGGAAGCUGAACAUGAGUUAGAGGUUUUAGUGAAACUAGAUGGUGGAAUUGGUUUAUCGCUGAUCAACAAAGUCCCUGAGGAAUUGGUAUUUACCACUUUAACAGGGAUAGAUGUUCAUUACACAAAGGUUGCCACUGGUCAGAUGCUAGAGGUCAGCAUUCAGGAUGUACAGAUUGAUAACCAACUUUUGGGAACAACACAACCCGUGAUCCUCUCCCUAACACCCAACACCCCUGAAAGUGAAACAGAAGCCAUUGAAUCUGGUCCUGCUGUUCAGAUCAAUGCCAUGAAGAUCCCCAGCAAGAGUGCACUGACUGAACUUUUCAAGCACCUCAUGAUCACAGUGCGGAAGCUGACAGUUCAAAUUGAAGAGAAGCUUCUGCUGAAGUUGUUGCACUUCUUUGGUUUGGGGCAGUUGGAUCAAGACGUAGAAAAGCCGGAUGAAAAUGCCCCUGAGCGGAACAGUGAGAAAAGUGGAACAGCAAAGCGCUAUUACUUUGAAAACCUCAAACUCAGCAUGCCACAAAUCAAGAUGAGUGUCUUUACCUCCAGCAAGUUGCCUGUUGAGCUCAAGGCUUUGAAGGGCAUGCUGGGAAUCCGGUUGAUCCGCUUUGAGGAUGCAGUUAUUCAUCUGGAUCCAUACACCAGAGUACACCCAUAUGAGACGCAGGAAUUUAUUAUCAAUGACAUUCUCAAGCACUUUAAGGAGGAAUUAAUGAGUCAGGCGACUCGAAUACUGGGCUCGGUGGAUUUUUUGGGUAAUCCAAUGGGACUUCUGAAUGAUGUGUCAGAGGGCGUUUCAGGGUUCAUAAAGUAUGGAAAUGUUGGAGGCCUAAUACGAAAUGUCACGCACGGAGUCUCCAAUUCAGCUGCUAAGUUUGCUGGGACUUUAUCAGAUGGAUUGGGAAAGACAAUGGACACCAGACACCAGGCUGAGCGGGAAUCCAUUCGCUAUCAAGCAGUGACCAGUGGUGAACACCUUGUGGCUGGAAUUCAGGGACUGGCUCAUGGUAUUCUGGGUGGCUUCACGAGUGUCAUUACUUCAACAGUUGAAGGAGUGAAAACAGACGGUGGUGUUGGUGGAUUUUUCUCAGGCCUUGGAAAGGGACUGGUUGGCACGGUAACCAAACCAGUGGCGGGUGCUCUUGACUUUGCUUCAGAGACGGCUCAAGCCGUGCGAGAAACCACAACCAUGAACAACCACAGGAUGCUUAACCAGAGAAUUCGAAAGCCACGUUGUUGCAUUGGCCCCCACGGCCUACUGCCCUGUUACUCAGAGAAGCAAGCAGAGGGACAGGAACAACUUUUCAGAGUGACAGACAACAUUCAGGCUGAAUUUUUCAUUGCAGUGGAACAGAUCGACAGUUAUUGUGUUCUCAUCUCCUCGAAGGCAGUCUAUUUUCUGAAGCAUGGCGAGUAUGUUGACAGGGAUGCCAUUUUCUUGGAAGUCAAAUAUGAUGACCUCUACCACUGCCUUAUCACAAAGGACCAUGGAAAGGCAUAUUUACAGCUGACAAAAAAAGCUGAGAGUUCAAGCAGUGGUGUGGCCAUACCUGGGCCAUCACAUCACAAGCCAAUGGUCCACGUCAAGUCAGAGAAUCUCGCACUUAAGAUCUCACAGGAAAUUAAUUAUGCCAAAAGCCUCUACUACGAGCAGCAGCUCAAGCUACAAACCAACGAGAACCAAGAGAAUCUGGAGCUGGACUCCUAGUAGCCUCUCUAGUAGUUGACCACAAGCAACAAAGUACAGUAACGAGACCACACAAGCCUCUAUGUAUAAUAGUUUAUUGUAUAAGCACGAGUGUUAUGAACUCAUUUCCUUUGAACGUCAUCCCUGAAGCCUAUUUGAAGCAACCAGGUGGGGAAGUAAUAAUAUGCUUGGUUUUGGGGACAGUUUAUUGCAGAAACUCUAAUAAGGAGCAGGUUCUGUUCAAAAUGUAUUUUACAUUUUAUAUAUUGUAUUUACAAAAAAUUGUGACAGAGUUGAGAGUUCUUUAUAUUUUACUAAUCUGUACAUACCUGUAAUAUUACUUUCUUGUAAAUAAUUUAAAAAAUCUCACAGGAACUGUUAUGUACAGAAGCAGCAUUUAAAACCAGCUGCAGCAUAAUAUAGCAGAUUACUUUAUUGCACUAGUACUAUUCAUAAAUGUACUUGAUUUUUCAGGGCAAUCCAAACCCUGCAGAAUGGUCAGGGAACUUAUUUCCAAAAAGUCACCAUCCCUACUUUUCUCAGAUUCUUCCUUCCCAUCAAAUUUAUUUUGUCUCUUUGUAUAUGCAAACUGGCAGGCAAGAAGAAUUGUUGGACUGUACAAGGAAAAAGUAUUGAGGGGGAAACAAUAUAUUUGCAAAUUGGCAUAGAAAGUGUCAUGUUUCUGUGAUGCAGUAUAAAGAUGUUAAUGUUUGAUAAUAAGGCACAGUGAGGUGGCUACUGAAUUUUAGGUGAGGGAUAACUGAGUUAGGAAGAAAGAGCAUUACCUGGCUGUGGCUGAAACUUUCACUCUGAGGCAUACUAGGAUUCUGUCUUCCUUUUCUCAGUUGGAGCAAAAUUAGUGUCAGUUGGGUAUUGUGACUUCACCUCAUUGGCUUAUGUCAAGGAAGCAUAAAACAGGAAGAAGUGAAAUGGUAUCUCUCUAAUUGUAGAAUGCCGUACAGUUGCCUGUUGAGAAAAGCUAUUGAAUGUGGUCAGAUUCUAACAGCAACUGGAACAAGUCUGUGACAGGGAAGGAUCUGUAUAAUUGUAACUGCACUGAAAAUUAUUGUAAGUAUAUAUAAAGUAUGUGUUGGUGUGCUGAAGUCAAAGAGUCUGCAGCUAGGUAUUUAGAGGUCUGUAGAAAAGAAUGAUUAUUAGAGAGCAUCCACAAUACAAUGGGCCCAUGUCUUUGCACUGUUCACAUGUAUUGAACAAACUUCUUUCACUACUUUUUUUUCCAUUAUGUCACAAGGAAUCAAGCACAAUGUGCAGAAAGUGGUCAGUUGGUUGCAGAAAGAUUGGUAUCAAAGGGACAGCCAGUGGUUUUUGAACUGGAGAGUUAGGUUUGGUGACUUCCUGGUAAUUUGGAAUUAGAAUGGGACAGCCAAGACCUCACGUGUAAGCAUCUAAAGUGACAGCUCCAUUUUGCAAACUGGACAAAAGAUGGCUUCCUGACAGAAAGCUGAGCUAGCUUAUUCAGUUCCCACUACAUGUUGCAUGGCAGAUCUCUGUAAUCUAAUGGUCUUUGGGAAUCACUGAUCAGCUUGUUUUGUGAAAGACCCUGACUAGUUUGUUGCAGAAGAGACUCCAUCAAGCAGCAAGGCACUGGUAGUUGCUAUUCCUGCAUUCCUCUGUAGUAUAAUCUCUGAGAUUAUCAUAUAUAUUCUUCCAGAUUAGGGGGCAUGGGGUAGGGUGGAGCAGGUUGGUAUUUUCCUGUGAGCGGUGUGUGACAAAAGGAUUUUUUUUUUGCCCAAUGUGGUUGAUUUUUGUGCAAUUUUUAUUAUCGAAUAAAAUGAAUUAUU